AUGUCACAAAUCGAAGAAGCAUCCAUUGUAAAUAACAAAAAUCUCGACAUUAAUACAAAAAGCACCGAGGAGACUGGAUCAUCUUCCGCUUCAAUUGGCCAUGGCAAUGUCGGAGAAAGUUGGCAAGAUACGUUGGCGGAACUCAAGCACACCUUUCUAACAAAAGAUGGAUGGAUUGGUAAUUAUGAUUACCUGUACCUCGUCACACCAAACAUCUGGCCGUUGAACAGGAAGUAUAAAGACUACAAAGCACCGUUUUAUGGCCUCAAUGAUCGGGUGCCAAUUCUUUUGACUAUAUUACUUGGACUUCAACAUGCUUUAACAAUGAUUGGAUCCAUUGUUUCGCCUCCGUUGGCUAUUGCAGGUGGUGCAUUCAAUUUCGAUUCAGAAAUCACAGCUUAUAUGGUUUCCACGGCGUUCAUUACAACCGGUAUAGCCACUGCACUGCAAGUGACACGACUGCAUAUCAGCAAAACGAGCUUCUACAUUGGAACCGGUAUGCUGAGUGUGGUUGGGCCAACAUUUGACAUUCUUCCAGUUGUUUUUAAUUAUGCCGCACUCAAGUAUAAGUCUGGACAAUGCCCAGUUGCAGAAGACGCCACACAAGAAGCCUGUCCCGAUGCGUGGGGAGCUGUGUUGGGAACUAUGCUUUGCUGUGUUUGGAUUCAAAUAGCAAUGGCAUUUGUUCCUCCGCGGGUUCUCAAUCGUAUCUUCCCAAAAUUAGUUACUGGCACGCUAUUAACACUAGUCGGUGCAUAUCUGGUUGGUAAUGGAUUGCAAAAUUGGGGUGGAAGCUCAAAUUGCCAUAAUGGAACGGGUCUCUAUGCUCUUUGUCCUAACAUAGCAUCACCGAAGCCUCUGCCCUGGGGAUCUCCAAAGUUGAUAGGACUUGGAUUCAGUGUUUUCGCCACAAUCAUUGUGACUGAGAUCUUCGGUGCACCUCUAAUGAGGUCGGCAUCUGUUGUCAUCGGCCUUGGAGUUGGAUGUGCCAUCUCUAGUGCCACAGGCUAUUGGGACAUCUCUAAGAUUAAGCAAGCACCUGGUGGAACGUUUCCAUGGGUCCAUACAUUCAAGCUUUCUGUUGAUGGCAUACUCGUCCUGCCACUUUUGAUCCUGUUUGCAUGUCAAGCAGUCAGUUGUAUUCCCGAUAUACUAGCUACUGCCGAAAUCAGCGAUCUAUCGAUUGAGGGAACUGAAUUCAAUUCUCGUGUUCAAGGAGGAAUUCUUUGCGAUGGACUAGGAAGUUUCGUGUCAGCGCUUGCUACUGGUCCGCCCAUGGUUAGCCAAGCUGGUAAUAAUGGAACUAUUGUCCUCACUGGCUGCGCUAGCAGACGUGCAGGCUGGGCUGCGUCUGCCAUCUUGGUCUUAAUGGGGAUCAUUGCGAAAUUUGGAGCUGUUUUCGCCUCAAUGCCACCAUCCGUGCUAGGGGGUAUGCAAGUUUUUCUCUACUCCACAAUUGCGGUGGCAGGAAUCAGAGUUCUUGCCUUGAUAACCUGGACCCGCCGCGACCGUUUUAUCCUAACUGUUUCCCUCGGCAUUGGUUUGAUGGAUAUUACGCAAAGCGAUUGGUUCAGUUCGAUCUUGGCAUAUAAUGGCUCAAAUCAAGCUUUGGUUGGGUUUGAGCAAGGUAUUAAUUUGAUUGUCACAACGCCAUUCGUGAUUGCUUGCUUUGUCGGAGUAUUCCUCAACCUGGUUCUUCCCAAAGAGAAGAGCGAAAUUCAUGAAAAGACGCAGGUAUUUCAUAAUAACGAGUUGAAGUAAUAAAUCACUUGAG